UAAUGGAAAGAAGAGAAGAUGAGGUACAAUACUUUAAUGUUGAAAAAACAAAUACUUAACAAGACAAAAUUAUUUUAACUCUAUUUUCAAUAUUAAUGAAUGCCUUAAUAGGAAGUUUAUUCUUUUAUUAUUCAACUCAUGAAAAUAAGUAUGGUACUUGAAUUUACUAUUCAAAGGUGGUGAUUAAUGUAAAUAUUUAAGGUCUUGUGCAUUUUGGUUUUCAAUUUAUUGUUUUUUUAGUUUAUUUGCUUGGAUGUAAAAUGAAUAAUAAUAAUUUAAUUUAUAUUUAGAGUACUUAAUCCAUAUGCAAUUUAUUAUAAACACGAUUAAAUUUUUGAUUAUGCAAACAUUGUUGAGGGAUCCAUUAAAUUGGUUUUCUUUAUCUUAUUUUGUGUAUAAAUACGAAUAUAAUUAGAUUUCAUUUAUAAUUUCAAAUCAUUGUGGGUAGCUAACAGUUUUAACAGCUAUAUACAUCAUCUUUAAUGUUUUUGUAUUCCUGAUUUUGUGUGGAUUGACUUAUUUCAUAAAACCUAAAAUAGAAGAAUGAAUUUGAUAGUUAAUUAUAUUUAAUUUAUGCAAUAAUAAUCAAUAUCAGAUUUCGAUAAUCUUGAACAAGAACAUUAAUUGAUUGAUUAAGUUAAUUAAAAGUCAAAAUCCGCAAAGUUUAAAUAGUAUAAAUAAGGAUAAUAUUAUGGAGACAUUUAAAACAAUAUUAGACAUGGAUAUGGUAUAUUGUUUAACUAAUUAUUAUAUUUUUAGGACUAAUGACAUAUCAGGAUAGAUAUUAUAUUGGAUUUUGGAAGAAUGAUAAAAAGCAUGGGUUAGGUAAGGAAGUAUUGGAUAAAGGAGAUUAAUAUGAAGGUUAGUUUGAAGAUGGAAAACCUCAUGGUGAAGGUACGUUGGAAACUUCUAAUGGAAUCUAUUCAGGUUAGUGGGUUUAAGGAAUAAAAUAAGGUUAUGGUAAAUGGAGAGGAAAAAACAAUGAAAUUUAUGCAGGAGAAUGGAAAUUCAAUAAGGCAAAUGGGUAUGGAAGAUAUGAUUAUUAAGAUGGGGGAUGGUAUGAAGGUGAGUUUAAGAAUUAUCUAAAAUAUGGUAAAGGAAAAGAAAAUUAUGCUAAUGGAGAUUUUUAUGAUGGUGAUUUUAUUAAUGAUAAACCUGAUGGAUUUGGAGUUUAUAGAUGGGCUGAUGGUUCAUCUUAUCAUGGAACAUUUUGUAGUGGAGUUAGGCAUGGAAAAGGUUAUUGGUUAAAGAAUGGAGAUCCUUAAAAUCAUGAGAGUUAUGAUGGAGAAUAUGUUAACGAUUUGAAAUCAGGACAUGGUGUUUAUAGAUGGCCAAGUGGAAAUGUAUAUGAAGGGGAAUUCUUUAAUGAUCAUAGACAUGGAUUUGGAGAAAUGAGAUGGGUGGAUGGUUCAUUUUAUAAAGGUUAAUUUCACAAUGGAUAAAUGUGCGGAGAGGGUGAAUUAAAAAGAAAUAAUAAACCAAUUAUCUAUGGAUAUUUUGAAAACAAUAAAUUAGUUAAAUAAUAAACAAAGAAGUCAAUACCUAAAACUAUGAAUUAGAGCUAAAACAAUAGUUAUGAUGGCAAGAGAAAUUAUUAUUCUUUGCAUCAAUCUUUUAAUCAAUUUUAAAAUGCUUAACAUUUAUAAAAAUAUCAUUUUAAGUCUGAAUCUAUAGAACCCAUUAUUAGAUAAGUUAAAAGGGAUUGUAAUACAUCUAUUGAUGAUAUGAAUAAGAAUGAAAUUUCAACCCAUUAAAAUAGAUUUAAAAUCUCCAUAGAUUUAGAUGAUCCUUAAGGAAUGACUACUUAACAAAAAUACAAAUCAUUAAAUACAACAAAUCGUGCAUUUUAAAAUCAACAAGAGAAUUUAAUAUCGGUUACAAAUAGAACCUAAGCGACAAAAAAAGUUAUUAUAGAUAGUGUUAAAUUUAAGAGAAGUCAAUUAUCUUUUAGACUAUAAUCAUUAAACUAAUCUACUAGAUAAACACAAAAUUCUCUUCCAAAAUAAGGUGUGAACUGA